UUUCUAUUUCUAUUCCACCUCCGCUCCUCAUGACUGAUUUUCAGUUGAGAUAAUCACUAUGCGGCUACAGGCGACGCUUCUUUUGCUCGCCUCGUGCGUUCCCUCAACGCUAGCGAUUUAUCGUGAUGAGGUUGACCAUAUCGAUUUCCACCAUGCUCUUCUCGGCGCUCCCUCAUCCCAUUCGACCUUCUUCCUGAAACCUUCGUCCUCCUCUAAUGCAUCCCUACUCUAUACCCUGUCCGAGAAGUCGCUUCUUGGCGCCGUAAAUCCCAGGGAUGGUUCACUGGUUUGGAGACAGAAUGUUUCACGAUCCGCGGUACCCGCCGAAAGCGGCAUCUUGCGUGCUUCCGAUGGGACAAAUGCUAUCGUUAGCGCUGUAGGCGAUUACAUUUCGUCAUGGAGUGCUCUGGAUGGUAAAUUGAUCUGGGAGAGCUGGUUUUUUGAUGAGUCCAUUGCCGAUCUUGAACUGCUGGAGCUGGAGGAUGCCGCCACACCCUCUGCUGCUAAAGACACGAUUGCGCUUUUCGGGGGUAAGACGGGUGCGGUUCGAAGAUUGGAUGGUGAUUUGGGAAAGGCCAAGUGGGAACAUAGAGAUGAAAGUGGGGAUAUCCCUUUCCAAGUCUCGUCCUCCUCCACCGACGUUUUCUACAUUUCUCUGCAAUCGGCUCUUCUGAAGGGCUAUAAGAUCAAGGUCACAUCGUUGGAUCUCUUAACCGGUCGGCAGAAACAGCAAUUGACUUUGAACUCGGAAGGUGACAUUUCUGGCCCAGAGUCUGUACUCUUCGUCGGCGCAAACACCGCCUCCCCCUUAAUUGUCUGGACGGAUAAAACUCAAAAAGCACUCAAGGUCAAUGUCAUCGGCACAAAGCAAGUUAGCACCAUGAACAUCGACAACACUAGUGGCGAGGAGAUCCGUUCAAUCACCGUUCACGCCCCAAAGCACCUCAACUCGUUGCCCCACUUCCUGGCCCUAUACCAGACGCAGUCUACAUCCUGGGCCGAGGUCUACCAUGUCAACUUGCAAUCAGCAACUGUAUCUAAGGCUUACGAUCUCCCUCGUUUGGAAGGCUGGUCUGCUUUCUCCACGAGUACCAAGGAUGCAAACGUUUACUUUACCCGGGUCACGCAGUCGGAGGUGACUGUUGUGUCUUCUGCGUCCCAUGCUAUCUUGGGGAGGUGGCCCCUCCAAGCCCCUCCGAUGGACCACGCGCUGCAUGCAGUCUCGGAAGUUGUCUCAAAGGGUGAUAGCGUAGCUGUACGGUCGGCUGCCGUUUUAGAGUCCGGUGACUGGCAAUUGAUCCGAAAUGGCCAAACUGAAUGGACUAGAUAUGAAGCAUUGGCCGGCGCUCUGGCUGCAAACUGGGCUGAGGAGGAGUAUCAGGAAGAGUUGGUUCAUCAGCUCGAGGUUGAAGGUCAUGAGACCCUUUACGGAGCAUACGCACAUCGCGUCAAGCGCCACGUGAAGGAUCUUGAGCAUCUCCCUGAAUGGCUGAAGGACCUGCCUAAGCGCAUCCUUACUAGCUUCUUGACCGAUGAAGUUUCGAAUCUUGAUAGCUUCGGGAUCUCCAAGCCAGUUAUAGUCGCUACCGAAAAUGGACGUGUCUACGCCCUUGACAGUGCAAACCAUGGAGCUGUUUCCUGGAGUGUCAAGGCCGCGGAAAGUGAUAGCUGGAACCCUGUAGCUGUGGUUACCCAGCCAGGUACUGCCACUGUUUAUUCUGAUGAUGGUAGCUCAGUUACACUCAAUAUCACAUCUGGAGAAAUCAUCAAGCGGACUCCAGCCACUACCAAACUUCGUUCUGUUGCUAUUAUCGAUGACUCUCCUUCGUCACUCAUCGUUGGCAUUAGUGAGAGCGGCGCGCCAGUGGAAUCUGUAGAUCACCCAGGGUUCUUUGUCACUCUCGGCGGCAAUGAUCGCGUCCUGGGUUGGAGUGCCAGCAACAACAAGUUCCCCGUUUGGGAGUUCUUGCCUCCACAGGGCCAGAAAAUCAUCCAUGCCACUUCCCGACCCGCUCACGAUCCAGUAGCCUCAAUUGGCAAGGUUCUAGGUGAUCGAUCGGUUUUGUACAAGUAUCUGAACCCCAACUUAGUCCUUGUUACCGCCGCGGGUGAAAGUUCCGCUACUUUCUACCUAUUAGAUGCAGUGUCUGGUCAGAUACUUCAUGCUAGCACCCAGGAUGGUGUUGAUACUACGCAGCCAAUUGCUUCAGCCAUGUCCGAGAACUGGUUCGCAUACUCAUUCUGGGGUGAGCCCUCCGGUCCCUCGGACGCCAAAGGCUACCAGUUGGUUAUUUCCGAGCUUUAUGAAUCCUCGAUCCCCAAUGACCGUGGGCCGCUAGGCUCGGUAUCCAACUACUCUAGUUUUGAUGCACUCCCUCUUCCUUACGUGGUGUCUCAGUCGUUCAUCAUCUCAGAGCCAAUCUCCCAUAUGGCUGUCACUCAAACCCGUCAGGGCAUCACCACCCGUCAACUCCUCUGCAUCCUGCCCUCAUCAAACUCGCUGGUUGGCAUCCCUCGCCCAGUCCUGGACGCCCGCCGGCCCGUUGACCGUGACCCGACCUCUACCGAGGCCGAAGAAGGUCUGUUCAAGUACAAUCCCUUCCUCGAAUUCGAUGGCAAAUGGUACCUCUCCCACGCUCGAGAUGUAGCCGGCAUCAAGAAGGUUCUCUCUGCACCAACACUUUUGGAGAGUACCAGUCUGAUUUUCGCGUUUGGCGGAGAUAUCUUUGCCACCCGUGCCACGCCCAGUCAGGCUUUCGAUAUCCUGGGCAAGGGAUUCUCGAAAGUGCAAUUGCUUAUGACGAUCGUGGCACUGACUGUUGGAGUGACGAUCCUAGCGCCAAUAGUCCGGAGAAAACAGGUUAACCAGAUUUGGAAGGCAUCGUAGUUGCCAAUGAUAGAGUAUGGAAGAUGAACCGGAAUAUAAAUAUAUCAAUAAUGACAUAACUACCACUUUGUUCAAUACUAUAACAGAAGUGUAUCUACC